GUGGUUCAUACGAGCGGUUGAUCUGAAUAGGAUUCACUGCUAGGAUGACCCGAGCAUGGGUGCUCCUGUGGAGUGACGGUAAAGUCUCUCCACGCGCUCUCAUCUCCUAAACAAAAGGAUGCGCGCGCCCGCCGGAGGAGAAGCGGCGGCGGGCCCUUUAAGGGGGUCAGAUUGACGCUGCGCUGUAAACAAAACCGACGCUGAGUUGCGUGGCCGCAGCAUCAGCAGCGGUGCGGAGCCGAGUAGCUCUCCGUUUCUCACCCGACGGGACCCGGACAGAGGCGUGAAGACCCCGCGCGGCUCCUCCGCUCUCCUAUGCGGACCCCAACACCGGCACGCGCGCGCUUCGAUUGUUCCUCCAAGUGCCAUGACGCGCGGAACGCAGGUCUCCUCGUCGAACUACGGUGAGCCAUGCAAGUUUGACCCUAACUUCAAGGGGCCCGUUCAGAACAGGAGCUGCACUGAUGCAUUCUGGUGCGCUUUCUUCGUCAGCCUCAUCCUCGGCUACAUCGCUAUGGGCACCGUGGCCUGGAUCCAAGGGGACCCCCGGAAACUUGUUUAUCCGACUGACAGCCAAGGACAGUUCUGUGGCCAGGGGAACUCCUCCAAUGCAAACAAAGCCAUAUUGUUCUACUUCAACAUGCUAAAAUGUGCAAGUCCCACCAUCUUAAUUGACCUGCAGUGCCCUACCACCCAGCUCUGCGUCUCCAAGUGCCCUGACAGAUUUCUCACUCUUUUGGAUGCACGGAACACCAACAGCUGGAAAUAUUACAGACAGUUCUGUAAGCCUGGCUUUGAGAUCGGCAGGAAGUCGGUCGGAGAGGUCAUGCGAGAUGAAGACUGUCCGUCAAUGAUUGUGCCCAGCAGGCCGUUUCUUCAGCGGUGCUUCCCUGAUUUCAGUAGAAGAAAUGGGGUUUGGACUGUGGCCAAUCAGACCGUCUUCAAAGACGGAGACAACAACAGGAGAAGCAUCAACGACCUCAAAGAGGCGGCCAGAAGCAUCGCCAGCCUGUUGAAUGUCAGAGAAGUGAGCACGCAGAUGAUGGAAGAUUAUGCAAGCUCCUGGAAGUGGAUCCUCAUAGGUCUGGCUCUCGCCACCAUGGUCAGUCUGCUCUUCAUCCUUCUUCUUCGCUUCACUGCGUUUCUGAUGGUGUGGACCAUCAUUUUUUGUGUCAUCUCUGCUGUUGGUUACGGCAUCUGGCUUUGUUACUGGGAGUACAGCGCUCUGAGCAGAAGGUCGGAGGCCAACGUCAUCAUCUCUGAAAGCGGCUUCAACACAGAUCUCAGCGUUUACCUUCAGCGCAGCCAAACAUGGCUCAUCUUCAUGAUCCUGCUUUGCAUGGCUGAGGUUGUCUUCGUGAUGGUGCUGAUAUUUCUGAGGUCCAGGCUGAGCAUCACCAUCGCUCUUUUAAAAGAGGGAAGCCAGGCUAUCGGCUGCAUCACGUCCACCCUCUUCUACCCUCUGGUGACCUUCUUCUUUCUGGCCGUCUGCGUCUCUUAUGCUGCGGUUACAGCAGUCUUCUUAGCCUCUUCGGGGAAUGCCGUCUAUAAGGUGGUUGCCGCUGAUGAGCGAUGCAUGUAUGCAAACUUCACCUGCAAUCCAAAGAACUUCAGUCAGACCAACGUCUCCAGGGUUUGCACCGCGUCUCGGUGCCUGUUUGCCUUCUACGGUGGAGAGAGCCUGUACCACCGCUACAUCCUCGUCCUCCACCUGUGUAACCUCUUCAUGUUCCUCUGGCUGCUGAACUUCAUCCUGGCUCUGAACCAGUGCACGCUGGCUGGAGCUUUCGCCUCCUACUACUGGGCUCUUGUGAAGCCCAGAGACGUCCCUGCCUGCCCGCUGUCCUCCUCCUUCAGCAGAGCCAUACGGUAUCACACAGGAUCUCUGGCCUUUGGCUCUCUAAUCCUCGCUUUAACACAGAUGGUUCGAGUCGUUCUGGAAUACUUGGACUACAGACUGAAAGGUUCUCAAAAUGGCUGCGCUCGGUUCUUGAUUUGCUGCCUCAAAUCUUGUUUCUGGUGCCUGGAGCAUUUCAUCCGGUUUCUGAACAGGAAUGCAUACAUUAUGAUAGCAAUAUAUGGAAAGAACUUCUGCACUUCUUCUAAGGAGGCUUUCUCGCUCUUGAUGAGGAACGUUGUUCGAGUGGUUGUUUUGGACAAAGUCACAGACUUUCUGCUUUUCUUGGGAAAACUGCUCAUUUCAGGAGGACUUGGUGUUCUUGCUUUUUUCUUCUUCUCAAGAAGAAUCCCGUUUUUACAAGAAGAGGUGCCAGUUCUGCAUCACAUUUGGGUCCCUCUUUUGACGGUGACAUUUGGCUCCUAUGUGAUUGCAAAUGCCUUUUUUAAUGUCUAUGCCAUCUGUGUGGACACACUGUUCCUGUGCUUUUGUGAAGACUUGGAGAGGAAUGACGGUUCUUCAUCCAGACCCUACUACAUGUCUUCAGGUCUGCAUGAGAUCCUGCACAAAGAGGAGUAGCGUAUCAAACCGUGUUCUUCCUCCUGAGCUUGGCAAGUUUCCUGAAUUCAGUUUCUGACUCUCGUCGGCACAUCUGCUCUGGACGUCUGAGUGUUUUAGGGCUAUACACAGAGACUGAACCAGUCUCAGCUUGGUCGGGAUGACGCAGACAUGGUGGGACAUGUUUUCCCUUCAGGUCCUCCCAGAACAGAUGAGAAGAACCCGACUUCCUCUCCUGAGCCAUUUCAUUUACCGUUUUUUCAGCUGUUUAGUUCCAGUUUUUUUAUUUCUUCUCUGCGUUUUCUGCAGACCUCUGCCUUACUGAGAGGUGAAUCCACAAUGCACAAACCCAGAAACCUUUGAACCCAGACAAGUAUGAGGACCUUAAAAUGUACAGAUUCUACUACUAGACACUAGCAUGAAGGGAAUCUUUCUUAUUGCACUUUGAUCCUUUAGAGCAAAAUCCUAUUUUUGAUGGAUUUUGUCCUACAGAAAAAGAAGGGCAUGAUUUAUGUCUUCUGUAUGGUUCGAGUAUAUCGCUGGUCUCCUUCCCUGUGAUGUUCUCACACAAACACGCAGAUUCAACACAAUUUGGUAAAUUCUGCUCUUCGAUAAUCAUUAGUUACUCCUCUUCCACUGUGUUGCCAUUUCAGGGUUUCCAUCGCACACAUGUUUGUAACCGAGGCUUAACUUUGUGGGAGGUCAAGACUGAAAAACACAAUUUAAGGUUUUUAUUAAAUUCCAGACUUUUUCCUGAGGAUUUUAAGGAAAUGUCUGAAAACGGCUACUAGUUUCUGUGCCUAGAUGUGAAAGAAAUGCAACACUCUCAAAGUCUCACUCCGAUCAUCUUUUGUUAUCUUUUCAAAGUCCCCAGUGGUCUUUUAAUUAUGAUGAUGCCUUUUUUAGCUAAAAUCUAAAAACCUGUGUUGUUUUCUAGGACAUAGUUUCUGCAGAGCGUCAGAAAUUCAUCUCCAAAUUGUCGGCGGGACCUUUCCCUCCCUGUUGCGGAGAGCUCUCUGUUUACACUCUCUCCCAUUAGCGUCCUUGGGCAAGACACUGAACCCCACCUUGCCUCUGGUGGUAUGCGGGCCCCUGUGUUUGGCAGCGGAGCCGCCACCAGUGUGUGAAUGGGUCUGUGACUGUAAAGCGCUUUGUCCUUGUAAGUAGAAAAGCGCUAUAUAAGUAUACGCCAUUUACCAUUUACCUUACAGCCCAUCGGUGGAUGUGUCAGAAUGGAGCACAGCGGGGUUCUUGUGGCCCCACCCAACGUAUUUUCUAAAUCACAAAUACGAUCAAACUGCAUUUUUUCAUCUGCUCCUGAUUCACACUGAUUUGAGCAAAGAUAUACUCAGAAAUGUCAUUUGAAUGUGAAUUUUCUUUAUGUCCUCCCUCGUCUGAAAAAAAUCCCACAAGAACUUGUUAAAAACACCACUUUUAUCGGAGUGGGUCUUUCAGAAACCUAUUUUCAUCCUGACUGAUCCUCAACCCAACACCAGGAACUUUUCAGAUACAGUUUGUAAAAGGAUGUCAAAGCCAUUUUUGGUAUUUUUUUCCUAUUAAACGGUGCAGAUGUAUAACUGUUUUAAUCCCCCAAACACUUGUGUGUUUGGAGGUGAUUAGUCUUCUUUUUGUACAGAACAAGUGAUUUUAAUCAGUGGAUCAAACAAAAGUGUCAUUUCUUUUUGAAUAAAUAUAAAAGGUUGAAGUGUUA